AUGGCUUCUUUCUUAGCUGAGAUUAUAGGAGUGAACUGGGUAGGAGAGGGUAGAGGGAAGAGUGAAGGGUGCUGAUGCUACUGGUUCACCCACAUGGCUAACUACGUGCCUGUGUUUGUCUGUUUAAACCCAGGAGGCAGCCUUUCCAAGCAGGACUGGACCAUCCAGUGGCCAACCCCAGAGGCUGGGAAGGAGAACAAUCCAGCUUGCCCAGCUGAGUCUACUCCGUGGAUCCGUACCCACCUUUCCCAGAGCCCCAAAGUCCAGUCCAAGUGUAUUCAGCACUACUGUCCCCCUGGCCCCACUCUUGGCCCUGUGUACACCCAUGUGGACAGACUGACCGUGGAAGGCUACCCAGGCCUCUGCCCCCCACUGGAGUCUGGGCACCGGUCCCUGCCACCCUCUCCCCGGCAGCGGCAUGCGGUCCGUACACCACCCCGCACGCCGAACAUUGUCACCACGGUGACCCCACCUGGUACACCUCCCAUGAGGCGGAAGAACAAGCUGAAGCCCCCGGGGACCCCACCCCCUUCCUCCCGUAAACUAAUCCACCUCAUCCCUGGCUUCACUGCUCUGCACCGGAGCAAGUCCCACGAAUUUCAGUUGGGGCAUCGGGUGGACGAGAGCCACACUCCAAAGGUCAAGAAAAGGAACAAGCCCCUGAAUUUAAAGAUUCAUAAUAGUGUGGGCAGCUGUGAGAACAUCCCAUCGCAGCGCUCUCCCCUCCUCUCUGAGCGAUCUCUGCGGUCCUUCUUCGUGGGCUACCCACCCUUCCUUCCUUCCACUCCUCCAGUCCAUCCUGAAGCCAAUUUCUCCACCAACACACUGUCAGUGCCUCGAUGGUCUCCUCAGAUUCCUCGAAGAGAUCUGGGCAACUCAAUAAAACACAGAUUUUCCACCAAGUACUGGAUGUCUCAGACUUGCACUGUCUGUGGGAAAGGAAUGUUGUUUGGACUGAAAUGUAAAAACUGCAAGUUAAAAUGUCAUAACAAAUGCACCAAAGAAGCUCCCCCAUGCCACUUACUGAUCAUACAUCGUGGGGAUCCAGCAAGGUUAGUCCGGACAGAGUCUGUGCCCUGUGACAUCAACAACCCCCUGAGGAAGCCUCCCCGGUAUUCUGACCUGCACAUCAGUCAGACGCUCCCUAAAACCAACAAGAUCAACAAGGACCACAUUCCAGUACCUUACCAGCCUGACUCCAGCAGCAACCCCUCCUCCACAACAUCCUCUACGCCCUCCUCACCAGCCCCGCCGCUCCCGCCCAGUGCCACCCCUCCUUCCCCGCUACACCCCUCCCCACAGUGCACCAGACAACAGAAGAAUUUCAACCUGCCAGCUUCCCAUUACUACAAAUACAAACAGCAGUUCAUUUUCCCAGAUGUGGUCCCAGUGCCUGAGACACCUAAUCGAGCACCCCAAGUCAUUCUCCAUCCAGUGAACUCAAAUCCAAUCCUGGAAGGAAACCCAUUACUUCAAAUUGAAGUGGAGCCAACGUCAGAGAAUGAGGAGGGGAACAAUGAAGCUGAGGAAUCAGAAGAUGACUUUGAGGAGAUGAACCUCUCGCUCCUCUCUGCCCGCAAUUUCCCUCGAAAAGCCAGCCAGACCAGCAUCUUCCUCCAGGAGUGGGACAUCCCCUUUGAGCAGCUGGAGAUGGGCGAACUCAUCGGCAAGGGCCGAUUUGGGAAGGUGUAUCAUGGCCGCUGGCAUGGCGAAGUGGCCAUAAGGCUUAUUGAUAUCGAGAGGGACAAUGAGGACCAGCUGAAGGCCUUCAAGCGGGAGGUCAUGGCCUACCGUCAGACACGGCAUGAGAACGUGGUGCUCUUCAUGGGGGCCUGCAUGAGCCCACCCCACUUGGCGAUCAUCACCAGUCUGUGUAAAGGACGGACUCUAUACUCAGUGGUGAGAGAUGCCAAAAUUGUCUUGGAUGUCAACAAAACAAGGCAGAUUGCCCAAGAGAUUGUGAAGGGCAUGGGGUAUCUCCAUGCCAAAGGAAUCCUACAUAAAGACCUCAAGUCCAAAAAUGUCUUCUAUGACAAUGGCAAAGUGGUGAUCACAGACUUCGGGCUCUUCAGCAUAUCAGGAGUGCUGCAGGCGGGCAGGAGGGAGAACAAACUACGCAUCCAAAAUGGUUGGCUGUGCCACCUUGCUCCAGAAAUCAUCCGUCAGCUCUCUCCUGACACAGAGGAGGACAAGCUCCCCUUUUCUAAGCACUCAGAUGUGUUUGCACUUGGCACAAUCUGGUAUGAACUCCAUGCCAGGGAAUGGCCUUACAAGACUCAACCGGCAGAGGCAAUAAUAUGGCAGAUGGGAAGAGGAAUGAAACCAAACCUCAGCCAGAUUGGACUAGGAAAAGAGAUCUCGGACAUUCUUCUUUUCUGCUGGGCUUUUGAGCAGGAAGAGAGACCGACCUUCACCAAGCUCAUGGAAAUGCUGGAGAAACUGCCGAAGCGAAACCGCCGCCUUUCUCACCCUGGACAUUUCUGGAAGUCAGCAGAGUAA